CUUUUUCUAUUUACUUUUUUACUAUCCGAAGAUUUAAAGGGUCUUUUAUAAAUCCAUAAACCAACUCAAUACCAAUUCACACAUAUCUACGGUACGAGUACGCGUGCCUAUCGGUCAAGUAGGCCACGCCUGGCAUACAUUUCCUCAGUCCCUUGCAUGCGUCAUUUUUCAACGGUUCGAGUCGCUUUCGGCGUCGCGGAAAAAACAGCGUCGCGUAGCGUCGGUCCUCGAUUGUUUAUCAGUUCGAUUUUCCGUGGGGAUGGCGUGUAUGACGCGUUCAAGUUGCGUUAUUAUGAAUUCGAAAUAAAUUCAACGUUUUUAUUUCUUGUCUUACUUUUAUGUUGUUAUAAAAAAAACAUUGGCAAACAUUGUUGUUAAAUGAAGUGAAGGACGUAUUUGUAAAUAACUCUGUUGAUUUUUUCACCAUCUUAAAGGGAGUUGGAUAAAAGUAUAUUUGUUAAAGUUAUUGGACCAGAGCAAGUCAUUUCCACCUGGACAAGAUGAAAAAUGAUGACGUCGUCGGGUCCAGCGGUUUGCGUUGUACUACUUUACCUUGGUGUGUCCAGCGUUUUGGCCACGCCAUCUGUCGGCAAAGAACUGAAGUACGAAGAGUACAAUGUCGAACACGAGAUAUCCACCACGGAAGCUAGGAACAACGCUCUUAGUACCGAUUUGAAUGCCAUAAUUGUACCAGCCGGUUGUCAGGAAUGUACCAAAGAAGAAAUACAAUAUUGUGGUUCAAAUUUAAUUAGUGAUCAUUGUUGCUGUGACAAACGAUUUCAUGAAUAUUUGCCAUAUAUCCCCCACACGUGCUACAUUGGCACCCAACUUUGCACCCCAGUAGCCACAGAUUGUAACGAAUACACCAGACUAAGGAUAUGUUGCUGUGAUAAAUACUUAUUACAAAAAUGGAGGCACAAAUAUGGAGCUAGUACAGCUCCCUCUACAAGCACCAAAAAUAUUUUAGUUAUAUUACCAAUAUUAUUAAGUGUUGUACAUAUUUUUGUAUAUUUACUAUAAAAAAUACAUCACCUAUGGCUUUAAAGCAUUUGCCGUGCUAUAAAUUGUAUAAAUUUAACUUUAAAAUACCGAGUGUUCAUUAAAAUUUUACUCUAAAUUCGUUUCAAAAUGUUUCUUUCACAAAUUUCAUUUAAAUUUUAAUAAUUACUGAACUAAAAAUCAUUUAAAAAAAUAAUUAUAAUAUCAUUUUCACUCAUGUUUCUUAAAUUGCAUAUAUAACAAAGAUCUUUAUUAAAAAAAUGAUAAGAUUUUUAUGAACACUAUUCUAUAUUAUGGCUUUAAUAUGCUAUAUAAAACAGCGUGUUUUAUUUUUAUUUCUCGACUUAAUAGAUCUAACAGAACAUUCUUCUUAUGUGAUAAUUUUGGCAUUACGAUUAUACCCUACAUAUAAAAAUAAAAGUUAGUAUAUAAAAUAAUUCUGUAUAUUUCAAUAAGCAGAUGCAAAUAUAUUUUUUCUAAAGUAAAUACAAUAGUUACUUCACUGUAGAUGUACAACUAUCAUUUUUCAGUUUUGUUGUAAUACAUGUAUAAUCAAAAAGUAUUAUUAUUACUUAAUUUUAUAUUUAUAUGCACACAGACUACAUAAAUAAAUUUUGAUACAUACAUUUUUUUUUGAAUGAUCAAACAAAACUAUGUAAUUAUAUUUAAAAUUGCAACAGAUAUAUAGAGUAUGAUCGAAAAAAAUACGUCAAGGUUGCUUGGAACUGAAGAUCGAUGAUAUUCAUCAAAUAAUUUUGCAUUUAAAAUGACAACCAUCUUCAUUUCCAAGCUAACUCUGACGGCGUUUUUUUUUCGAUCGACUGGAAUAUGUAUACUUUUUACGUAAUUAUUUAAUUUAAACUUGCUAGUAAUUUAUUGUUUGACUAUUAAUUAUUGUAAAGUUGAUUUUAUGUUAAAAUAAAUUUUGGAAAAACU